AGCAGUCUUAUGCCAUCAACAAUAUUCAAUCAAUUCAUCAAUCAAAUACACAAAUAAAUAAUACCGAAAUCAAGAUAAAAACGUGAAAACUUUAAAUAUGGCUAAACUUCACACACUAAGCAAGAUAUUUAACACAUCUUUAAAUCGUAAAUUUUGUAAUUUAAGAUACUUUAAGAACUGUAAUCAAUUAAACAACUAUGAAAGCUUUCGAGCGGUUAAUACCUCUUCAGCAUGUAACUCACAACAGCCACCACCAGAAAAUAGAACACUUGUAUAUGAAGCGCCAUUGAAAAGGCGUUUAAAGAUAACCAAACUUCUGUCUCUAUCCUCUAGCAUGGUUGGCUUUGCUGUUUUACCCGUUUUUCUUAAAGAUAUGUGGCAUACAAGUCCCGUGUUUGCUUGUGCCACUGGCAUUGUUUCAACAGGAUUUCUGUGUACUCCUUUUCUACUUCACUGGAUUACAAAAAAGUACAUAUUAGAACUAACAUAUGAUCCUGUGACUAAAAUUUUCUAUGCAACUACAUUCAAUCUUGCCAGCCAAAAAAAGCAAAUUACAUUCACAGCCUCGGAUGUUACCAUUCCAGAUCUACCAGGGAUGUUCACAUCAUUUAAAGUGAAAAAUACUCCUUAUUUUGUUGAUUCAAAUAUGGUCAAAGACCCUGAUGCAUAUUGCCUAAUGAUGGGUUAUGACAAACCUUUUGAUUUUAAACUGGAAAGUGAAAGAGAGAAAACAGUGUAGCUUACCUUAUUCAAUUUACUAUUGUUCUAAUUUUAAAGGAUUAAUAAGAACAUAAUGAAAUUAUCUAGUAUGUACUCUGUGUCUAACAGUUAUCCUCUUUUUAUGCUUUAAAUAUUGAAUUAUGUUCUAAUUUUUAAAUCAAAAAAGGAUGUGAAUUAAAAAGGAAAGAAAAUAGGAAGUUGAAAUGAAGGGAGUCAUUUGAUUUCACUUAGUACCCAUGUUGCAAAAAUUCCUUUUUAGAAAAAAAAAAACUAUUGACAGAAUUAUAAUUAUUUAGAAUAAUGUAGUUUACCUAUAUAUAUUUAAAAAAAACAAUUGUGAGAGAGAAAAGAGCUGGCUUCAAAGGAGUUAAAAACUCAUUGAAAAUUUUCUCGUUUAUAAUUCAAUAGUGAAAAAAUUAUAAUCAUUUCAAAUUUUAGAUGUGAAAUGUCUAUACAUCUGUAACACAAAUGUUUUUUUCUUAUUACAUAACAAGACAAUUAAAAAAAUGUUUUAAAGUUUAUUAAUGAUAUUCAUGUUACUAUGUCUAGUGAAUAAAUUUAUAGUUGAAGUAUAUUUAAAAAUUUAGAGAAAAUUCCAAAUUUGUGAAGGUACUUAUUAAAUUAUUUUAUUGUGAUGUACGUUGCAAAUCUUCAUUAAAAUAUUUGUAUGUUGAAUGCAUUAAGCAUAAUUCUAUUUUUUAUAAAGUCUUUAUGGUGACAAAAAAAAUGUUAAAGAAACCACUGGUUGGCUGUAAAAUCUGUGAAAUAUAACUCGUGAAGAAUGUUGAAUGACCAUGAGAUAAAUACAUAUUCUAUAUUGAUAUUAUCUUCAUACAUUAUAUAAAAAAUUUAAGUAAUAGAAAUUUAUUUACAGAGAUAUUAUUUUAUGGCCUAUGCAUUAAAUAUUGCUUUUUAAAAACAUCAACUGAAAAUGUUGUAGAAUCUAAUUAAACACACUUUUUUGAAAGUUAA